GCACCAGAAAAACAAUUGCAAUUGCCCAGGAUCAUGGCUUGCAAACGCAGCGCCUCAGCUCGCUACAGGCGCCUUGCGGUCGCUUUGCCUUUCCUCUUGGUCUUCGGCUUCCACGGCGUGACCUUCAACAUCCCAAAGCGCAUGCAUGAAGUUGCCCAAGACAAGGGCAUCAGUGACAUGGAAUACUUGCAAGGGGUCAGCGCGGCAGCAGAGUCUUACAAAAAGAGCGACCAGAUCGCUGGACGAACUGGCUUCAUCAAAGCACUGCAGAAGGCUAUGCAAAAACCGGGCUUGUACCUUGUCAUUGGAGGCAAGUCCCUUGGCAAGACCAAGAUUAUGCAAAAGAUGGAUCAAGUUGUCGCCGCUUACUCCCCGUUGCUCUACGUCAACAUGCGCCACCCACCCCAGCCCGAGUCAACGGAUGCUUUGGAAUGCCUUCAAGCCAAAGCCAAAGAUCUCUGGAGUGCAAAGUAUGUGCCCCCUUGGGCGGGGACAGUGGCUGGCGUCAUGAUUUCCCUUGCUCGAGUAGUUGGCAAGGAGAGCUUGAAGAAGGGUGAUGCGGAGGGUGGAGUGGAACUUGCUUUUUCCGAAUUGCUGAAUGUGCCCAAGCCGCAAGAGUUUCUCUGGGCUUUUGUUGAUGCGGCAGUUUCAAUGAAACAGAUCCCGACAAUGAUCAUCGACGAAGCCAACAUUGCUUUUCCGAACACGAAUGGCAAUGGAGACAGCAAAUCCAAGAGGGAAGCAGCCUCACGGGCCCUUGCCACCUUUGUGGCAAUGACAAAGGAAAGCUGCAAGGCUUGCGUCAUCUUGCCUGCCUCCGAUUUCGCCUUCCCAUGGGGCCUACAAACACUUGGUUUCAACAAGUUCGAUGCCCUUCAGACAAUCGUGAUUCCGGAGGUUGAAAGGGAGCCAAUGCUGGCUUUGCUGACAGAGUGGGGUUUGCCUCGGGAUGUGGCGGAGGAGUUCUACAUGAUCUUCGGCGGCAACAUACUUCUCUGCCAGCAGGCAAUCGAUAAGCUUCUUGAGCAGUUCGAGCGUGGUGCAGAAGACUCCUUCGACCCCUUCAGCGUCCGAGGUACAGACGGGCUGGCUGGUUUGGCCAAAGACCCGCUCACCCGGGAACACUUGGAGAACCUUGCGCGACAGGGGUGGUCCCCCAUCGAGGAAGGCAGCGCAGACGGGGAGACGGAGAGCCAGAAGGGCGCCCGCAUCAUCGCCAAGAAGAACUUCGGCGGCGUCAUCAACAGAGAGACGACCACCUUUUUGGACCAAGACUUGAGGGAUGACAUGUUCAGCAACAGAAGCACGAAACAGGUGCUCAUCCCGGCCACAAUCUACCUGCGCAACUGUAUCAAGGUUGAACUUCAGGCAUGUGAGCCCAGCAGUGCUGCCUCGCAACCAUCCGCUGCGGUGUGGGUCUGUCAGCUGGGAAGCCCUGACGGCGAGGAGUUCAUUGGCAAUGCGUUUCAGGUCAAAGGUGUCUUGGCAAACGUGGAUGACUUGAAGAAGGCAAUCGAUCCUUCCUUGUCCGCGUUUCAAGCGUCCAAGAUUGCCAUUUUCAGCCGGAAGGACGGCCGCUGGGUCAAAGAAGCAAGGAUGUCAGCAAGUUUGCGCGACACAGAUGAGGCAGACUGCUACGGAUUCACGUUACCAGCUGGAGCUGCUGGAGCCGCAUAGUUUGAGGCUACUGUUGGCUGUUGCUGUUCUCGGCUGAGGCAAUGCUGGGGCACAACGUUUCACCUCGUGCAGUGACAAAAGGGUGCAGUCGCAGGCACAGUUGUUUCGUUGCAGCGCGACUUUGCUUGACUGUUGAAGCUUGAGGGAGGUCAAUGUUCACACUUUUGAACAGCAGGCUGCGGUGUUCAAGUCAAGCAGGGAAUGCCUGCAACGGGUACAGGACCAGCAACAGUUGCCAGCGCUGGUCAACAGCUGUUUCACCGAGGCGUUCCGCCCUGUGCCAAAGUGCGCGGACGCAGUACCAACCAGUUUGAAGAUGCGUGGAG